UCCCUGCGUGCGCCGUUCAUAAUCGGACCGCCUCGCCCAGGCCCCCUUACCCAUACUUGCCCGUUAUCUGCUCUCCGCGCAUUCCGCUCGUUAACAAGUCACCAUGGCAGCCGCCGUGCUCCCAACAACACUCUCGGUCGUCAAUCCUUUCCGCGCAUCCUCCCGCAACGGAGAGUCAUCCACCUCAACCGCAGGCUCGGCGCGCACCGACGCCUCCAAGCCGUCCUCCCCCGAGCCGCACCACAAGGGCUUCCAGCGCAUACGCUCGUCGCUCGAACAGAGCAUCCGUACAGCAACGCGCUCGCGUAAGGUUACACACACCGCACACCUCGAAGCCGAUGAAUUCGCGACCAUCACGCCGAAGUCGCACAAGGGUAAGGAGAAGGCGACCGACGAGCCAAAGGAGAGGUCCCACAUGCUCAGGCGGCUGGGGUCCAAAGUAACUGUUCGCCGAUCAGGCAGGGACUCUACGUCGCCUGCGCGUCCGCCGCUGCCGAAGGAGGAGAAGCCUCCCAAGGAGAAACCACCGAAGGAGCCUCGGGAGUCGAGGAAGCUGACGAAAGGCCGUCAUGCGAGCAACAGCGUCAGCUUCACCCCGUCGCUGCGCCAGGCCUCUAUCUCCUCACCUGCAUUACACCUGUCAUCGCAGGCCCUUCCCUCGCCGAACUCCAAGUCGGCUAUUCCUGCGUCAUCUUCUUCUGGGAGCGAUGCCUUGGUGUCGCCCACCAGAGAGCGCAAGCGCCCUGCGCACUUACCUCUCCAGCGCGACGUGUCUUUCGCGCCGCCAGCCACGCCAACCAAGCGUGAGACGCGCAGGUCGUCGGGCUCCUACCUCCAGCCGACUGAGUCCUCCAGCCGGCACCGCACCACUCGAUCACAGCCCGUCAAUCUCCCUAACUCCCCAUCCACACCCUCCCUCCUUUACCCACGUAACGCGACUCCGAAUAACGAGACGCAUCUGCGCCAGGAGACGCCUUCUCCGCCGCCCACGCCCACUCCCGCAUCGGGGUCCCGUGGUCACAUACGUAGCAACUCGCGCGCGGCGCAGAGCUCGGGGAACCUGCCGCUGCGCGAUCGCUCAGAGUCGCCGAUUACACCGCGCAAUGGGAGCCCCAUCCGCGCACGAUCGCCGUCGACGUCGCAAGCAAGGACGCGCGUGGUGCCGCGAGGCUUGACGUCUAGCUCGGCGUCGCAGCUACCGUUGUCGCCUCCUAGCCCGUUGCCUCAGCCGCGGCGUGGGUCGAUCGACUCGCAGCGGCGGCCGUCGAUAGACGCGUCGAGACGUGUUUCUGGAGAAGCACCUCGUCGGGCGUCCCUCGACACUCAGCGACGUCCGUCAAUAGGCGGCAGCCCCAUCCCCAUGCGCGGCGACUCACCAAUGGGCAUGCGACCGACGAUGUCGCCAAACCGCCGGUCCGUAUCGCAAACACGCCAUAUGAACGCUUCUACGUCUUCGCUGGUCAACCCACCCAAUCCUGAGCAGAGAGAAGCGAUCCGCACCGCAACCGUGAUGCUCUGCAAGGAGGUUGGCAAGCCUCCUGUGCAUGGUCGGAGUGACCAGGCUAUCCGCGACUGGGAGGAGGUCGAGCUUCGCACGCGGGCUCUGAUAAGACUCGAGCGGGUGUGGUCGAAAAGCCCUAGCACCACGAACGUGAACGGCGCGUCGGCGCUGAGCCCCAGUGGCCUGAGCGCUGGCGGAGAGGAGAGGGAGCGGAGGCUAUUCUGCGAGUGCCUGCGAGAUGGCUACGUUCUAUGCCACCUCAUUAACCGCUUGCGCCAGGCUUCGGUCGUCAAGCCUGACCCGCGCGAGGAUGGCUUCGUCCGAACCUCCAACGUGACCAAGUUCCUCGCUGCGUGCUCGUCCUGGGGCCUCCCGCCCGAGGACCUUUUCCUGCGCGAUGACCUGAUCGAGGCGACCGGCGAGUCGCUCGCGCGUGUCGCGCACACGAUCGUCGCGCUCAUAAAGUUCGCGGAGAACCCCGCGACGGCCCGGUCGAAGCUGCUCACGGGGAAGCGCCCCUCUCUGAAUGUGUCCACCAGCACGGCCACGAACAGCCCGUACGCGAACGGCACCGUGCGCGGCGCGGCGGCCUCGAGCCCGAAUCUGACGACGCCGAGCUCGCCGGUGAAGAAGCGCUACAGCCCGCCCGCGGGCCUGCCGACGCUGCGCUCGAUCAGCCCCAGCAGCUCGGGGCACUCCCAUAACGCGAUGGACGAGGCCCCUGACGAGCGCGCACGGGAGCUGAAGCGGGAGCAUAACGUUGACAACGUCGAUCGACUGGUGGCUCCUGCACCGCCCCCUCGAUCUCCUCUGCGCUCGCGGUCUCAGAAGCGUGACGACGCGGGCGUGUACAACUGGGCGGUGAACGCGAUGUCGCCUGCUCGGUCCUCGGUCGCGGACAGCGCGCGCGCGACGAUUGGCGAUGGGGCGUCGGUGAGGGACUCGGUGGCGCCGGAUGUGAGUGUCAGACAGUCGAUGGCGUCGACGGCGCAGUCGGAGACGACGGUGACGACUGCAGCGUCGAGCUUGCUGGAGGCGGGGCGGACGAAUAGCGGAGGGGGCCGUUUUGGGACGAUCAGGACCAUCACGACGGAGGCGACGAGCGAGUCGCCGUCGCUGACGCGCGCGGAGGGCGGGAAUGUCGCGGAGGAUAUGCGCAAGCGGGAUACAAAUGGGCGCGAGCGCGUGCUGAGCGGCUCGCCUGUUGUGGAUCUCUCGCGGGUGGAGGAGGUGGACGAGUUCGGGUCGGCAAGGAACUUGCAGAAAGGCCAGGCGCGCGAGGACCCUGACAAGCCACCUCUGCGGCUGGGCAAGGGCAAGUGGCCGGACGACUUCAUCGACGCCAUUGGUCAGCAACGUACUGGGAUCAGGUCGCCGCCACCGGACUCGGACCCACCGCCGUCGCCUCUGUCCAGCUCACCUGGCGGUCCGCGCAAACUCGCCAUUGUAGGUGCGUCGCGGAGGAAUGACAGCGUCGACUCCCUCCAGCCCUUCCCUCGCCGCCCCUCCCAUCGCUCUCGUCAUUCGAUCGACACAGCCGGGCCCACUGCGCUACUGCCGAAGGAGGCCGUGCUUCGGCGGGACAUUAGUCCCGACCCAAUGUCGAGCAAGCUUAUGCUCCGGCGGAAUAGCUCGAAGCAGGGUCAACGUCCUGUUGGCCUCGUACCGCGGCUAGACGAACCGCGCAGUCCUGGCGCUGACGGGCCCGUACCCUUCCCUCGCACACCGUCCGGCGAGCACAAGGUUCUCCCGCUGGGCGAGAGCGAUGCUGGUCCCUCGUCGGUGCCCGAUCGCCCUCGCCCUCUUCGCGGGCGAUUCCAAAGCGACAUCGAGAGCACCGCGGUGCGCCAGCGCCCGCGACCGAGUUCGUACGACGAGCUGGGAGCCAAGCCCUCGCGGUCGCGGUUCGAGAGCAUGGUCAACCUCGGCGUGUCGAAGGACGCGAGCGCGAGCGAUCUGAUGACGCGGGAGUCUGUGUACUCGGCCGGGAGCGCGGUCAGGAAGACGUUGGUCAUCAAGGACGACGGGAAGCUGCCGACCCAUUUCCAAUUGGGCAACUGCAUUGGGCGCGGACAGUUCGGGUCGGUGUAUCGCGCGCUGAACUUGAAUACGGGGCAGAUGGUCGCGGUGAAGCGGAUUCGGCUGGAGGGUCUGAAGGAGGAUGAGAUCUCGACGCUGAUGAGGGAGGUGGACCUGGUGAAGAGCUUGUCGCAUCCUAGUAUCGUGAAGUACGAGGGGAUGGCGAGGGACGAUGAUUCGCUGAGCAUCGUUCUUGAGUAUGCCGAGAAUGGCUCCCUCGUCCACACGCUGAAGGCCUUUGGCAAGCUGAACGAGCGCCUUGUCGCCAACUACGUCGUCAAGAUCCUCGAAGGCCUGCACUACCUCCACCAGAACGACGUCGUCCACUGCGAUCUGAAGGCUGCCAACAUCCUGACGACCAAGACUGGCAAUGUCAAGCUGUCGGACUUCGGUGUUUCUCUCAACCUGCGAGCAAUGGAGCGCGAGAUCAAGGAUGUCGCCGGUACUCCGAACUGGAUGGCGCCUGAGGUCAUCGAGCUGAAGGGCGCGUCUACCAAGUCGGACAUCUGGUCCUUGGCGUGCACGGUCAUCGAGCUUCUCACGGGCAAACCACCUUACUCGGACGUCGGGAAUAGCAUGUCUGUGAUGUUCCGUAUCGUCGAAGACAAGAUGCCGCCGCUGCCGGAGAGCUGCUCUAACCUCCUAGAAGACUUCCUGAAACAGUGCUUCAAUAAGGAGCCUACCUUGCGUCCUAGUGCAGACAUCCUUUUCGAGCACCCUUGGCUGAAACAGAACUGGGGCGCUCAUAAGGAAUUGCGUCCGCAGGACAGUAUUCCCUUCCUUCGCCGCGUCAGCACAGACCUUCAGAAGUCGGAGGCAGUGCGGCUGCUCUCCCAAGUCGAGAUGCCGGACAGGUCAUCGGACAAGUCCAUCAAGACGGAGGAGCCCGUUAGCGGCUCGCCGCCUCGCCGUCGGAUGUCCAGCCAGUCCGUGCGGCCGACCGAAAGCAAGUCUCCUCGCGAACACUCCUUCGUUAAAACCACAUUCAGUAAACCCAUGGUCUGCCGCGUGUGCUUGCUCAAUGUCAAGAAGAGCGCCGUGCUCUGCUCCGAAUGCAGCCUCAUCGCACACGCGAAAUGCGCCAAGGACGCGCCGCCUACCUGUGACCUGCGCGCGCAGCUUCUAAUGUAUGCUCAGUAUGCGGAGAAGGGCAACCCGAGCAGCGUGUACCAGAACCCCGUCGACAUCAUCGGCGAGCACCCGGGCAGUCCGAUGUCGGACGUCGCGUUCGUCGCGCGGUCGCCACGCAGCAGCUUGGACACGCCGAACGCGCACACGCCCGCCUCGCCGCCACCCGAUAAAGAUCUUCUGCACCCUCCGACGGCGUUCAAGUUCGUGCAUGCGUUCAAGCACAAGGAUAAGGGCAAGUCGGCCCUGUCGCAGCCCGAGUCCGGCCAGUCCUCAUCGUCGAAUGUGCGCACGAAGAGUCAUUCGAAUCUGCACAAGGACAAGGACAAGGACGCGCAUGAGCGCGAGCGGCCUUUGUCCUUGAAGAGCACGAGCACGCAGGCGACGUACAGCAUGCGAAGCACGGGCGACACGGUGUCCAGCAAUGGGCGGUCCAUCCAUCCCGUACCCGAGAACGCGGUCGGCACCUUCGGGAGUCACCAAUCCACGCCUUCGGGCGUCGAGUCGGACGGCGCCGACGCGAUCCCCGGCUCCCUUCCCUCAGGCGAGCGACCCCGACAUAAACGACGCGGGGAAUCGAAAUCGUCUGGCCAGUGCAAUAUCCAAUAAUAGCCGCUGGCUUUCCCCUCCCCACUUAUCUAUUCGUAGUUUACUAUUCCUCCCCCUUUCCUUUGUUUAGUUAUCGGCUCGGCUGUCUGUCUCCCUGUCUGUCUAGUCUGCCUUUACUUCACCACCUCUUGGACGUCCCCGCAAUGUACAAUACCUGUUAUCCCCCACAGCAUACACCAUAUUCCCCCAGCUAU